AUGACCUCGUUUUUAUUGUUAGCCUUUGCAUUUUUGGGUAAGUUUUGAAAAAUCAAAAUUGAAAAAUAGUUCAAUUUUUAGGUGUUGUUCAAUGCAUUGAUAAUGUUCCAAAAGCUACAGGAUUAAAGGAAAUUCGAAGGUGAGAUUGAUUAUUCAAGUUCUUGUAACUUGACAAAAAAUUCCAAGUUACAAGAAGUUCUUCGGAACUGAAAACCCUUGGAACUACAGUAUCCGAACUAGCAACAUCAGCAUUCUGAUCAACAAGUCAAAAAUCGAGUAGAAAAUACUAGAAGGGCUUCGCUGGCUAACGCCAUCUACAGUAGUUUGACUUACUUUUUCUGACUAAUUUUCCGGUUAGGGAAAGAGAAAAAUUGAGAAAUGCCCAAAAAUUGUUGACUUUUUCAGAGAAUAGAAAGAUCAGAUAAGAAACGUGUCCUUCAAUUUUUUUGGAAUAAAAACGUGAUCAUUCUUUUUUACAUGAAAAAAAGUUUUGAUUUUUUCACGUGAAAACUCGCGCAUUUUUUGAAAAAUCGAAUAUUAGCGCCUCGAUGGGAAAGAAUUUGAUAUCGAAUGGUGAAAGUCCCAUCAAAAAUGGUCUUCUGGAAAUUGAGAAAAGUCGAGCGACACAUUUUAAAUCCGAAAAAUACAUUGAGAUUUUCAAACUUUUCAUUCUCCGCACACUCACAGACAUUUUGAGAAAGAAUGAAUAGGAAGCGCACCGAGCUGCCAACAUUUAGAAACUUUUUCUUUUUUUGAUCAUCAAUUUUUAUGCGCACAGUUUUGAGAACGGGUCCCGGACAUACUAUUGCCAAAAAAAUUUUCCCAAUUAGUAUAUAGUAGAUUCAAAAAAAAAUUUCAGAGCUCCUCUUCCUUCAAUGUCAAACUUUGCUCCACUUGCAAAAUCUCUUCGCCCAAUAUCAACUGGUGUUCGCCGUGCUCCUGUAUCUUCCCAAAUCCCUCGCUCAAAUCAUCAACAAAUCAUUCCAAAACCAGCUGGCCAUAUUCAACGAGCCCCAAUCCAACCAGUUCAAUUUAUCCCAAUUCCAGUUCCAGUAUUUCCACGAUUCGAAGAUUUGCCAACAUUACCACCACAUGAAUUGCAUACUUUAGCUCCUCAUACUUUCCCAACAAUUACACCAAUUCCUGGUUUGCCAACACUUCCACCAUUAACAAUGCCACCUUCUUUCCAAAGAUUAUUAGGUAUAACAUCAACAACAACAACAAUGAAACCAGAAGAAGAAAUUGAACCGGAUACAAUAAAUGAUAGAAAAAGACAAGAAAUUGAUCAAGAAAAUGAUAUUGAUGAAAGGUUCGUUUCUUUUUUAUUCUCACUUUCACUAGAGAUUUAGAUAUUAUGAUUUUAUCGCUGAUUACGAUCCCUAAUAUGAGUAAUGCAGUCGAAAAAUUUGAACAUAAAAAGCGUGACGUCAAAAGGAAAUUUUUGCAAUUCUGAAAGUCUGAAGCUGAAACUUUUUUAUAAUUUUUCUGAAACUAGAACCGCUGCUGAAGCUGUUAACUCCAAUUUUUUCAGAGAAUCUCAAAUCAAUUCCAAAGAUUUGAACACAGUCCGUUCACGACUCUCAAAAUUCAUCAGAGGAAAAGAAAACUCGUCGGAUGAACAAAAAACUCGUGGAGAAGAAUCGGCUGAUUGGAUUGUACCAUUCCAUUAA